AUGUUUAAGAAAUUAAAAGGAAUAAAAGAGAAGAUGAAACUUGUAAAAAGUGACAUAAAGAAGAAUGAGAAGAAAGAUCCAGCACCCAUAACACCAGAAAAUGAAAAAAUUGACACUCAGCCACUGCCUGGAAUAAAAUAUCUGCAGAGGAGGCAGAUGGCCACACAGAAGAGAUACUUUGACAGUGCAGACCAUUUCUUAAGCCUCUACCAGAGAGAGAAUACAGAAAUUAACCAUGAAUUACUACACACACCAUCAAAAGAAAUAGAAAUUAACCAUGAAUUACUACACACACCAUCAAAAGAAAUAGAAAUUAACCAUGAAUUACUGCAUAAAGCAUCAGAAGAAAUAGAAAUUAACCAUGAAUUACUGCAUAAAGCAUCAGAAGAAAUAGCUACUAAUGAGGAGAAAUCUGCACAGCCAGGGGAAAUAGUAAAAUCUGUUCAGGGACCAAUAGACACAGCAUACUCAGAGAUAAUCGAAGAGAUGAAGCCUAAAGAAUCUGUGUAAUAGCUAUUCAUAAAUAAAG